AUUUGAGUCAAAAAUAUGGGAGCAGAGCAAUCGGCAUUGGUGGCCUGCACUCAGAGGGGCAUCCAUGAGGAUCGCGUGGAAAUGGUUAACUCGAAGUUGUUCUUUCAAUUGUACUUUGAUAGGAUGCCCCAGCCUGUGACGGGUCCCGUGACAGAAGCACUGCUCCACUUGGUGAAAAAAGUGAACGUGGCUGGCGCUAUUAAUGCUGAUGAAAACCAAUCGAUCAAGGACGAAUUUAAUAGCGGGGAAAGCGACACCAUUUCGGAGCUCAGUAAUGGCUCGGAUGUGAAAAUAGAGCCCAUACAGAUAGCCGAAUUUGAGCCGAUAGAGCAAUACAUAUUUUCUAUUGAGGAAACCCAUAAGACAUAUACGCUUCCAUUGUUCAAAUAAAUAUGUAGAUUAAAAUAACAUAUGAAUUUAUGUACAGAACUAA